UCUGGUAAGAAAACAAUCACCCACAUCUUUUUACUUCAAUUUUAAUUAUUUACUGUGGUUAUUUAGGUUAAUUUAGUUAUCAAGUUUGAAUCUUUUGUCAUGGAUGGUAAUAAAGAUGAAGCUUUAAGAUGUUUAAAAAUAGGGAAAGAUGCAUUAGGGUUAGGUGAUCAAACUCGUGCCCGUAAAUUCAUUUCGAAAGCCCAACGAUUAGAUCCAUCGCUUAAUAUUGAUGAUCUGUUAUCGAGUUUAGAAUCCGAAAACACCCAGAAUGAAUCGGGGUCAGGUUCGGGGUCGACUUCAGGGUUAUCGAAGCAGGCCGAGAAUGGGUCAGGGGUUAGGCGUAGGGCUCCGGAAACGGGGUCGUCAGGUUCGGGAGGUUAUACUCAGGAACAGGUCAUGAUUGUGAGUGAGAUUAAGCGGAAAAAGGACUAUUAUGAGAUAUUAGGUUUGGAAAAGACUUGCAGUGUUGAGGAUGUGAGGAAAGCUUAUAGGAAGUUGUCUUUGAAGGUUCAUCCGGAUAAGAAUAAAGCUCCGGGGUCUGAAGAAGCGUUUAAGAAAGUAUCGAAAGCGUUUCAGUGUUUGAGUGUUGAAGAGAAUAGGAAACAGUAUGAUCUUGUUGGGUCUGACGAGCCUGUUUAUGAGAGGCGUGCUGCUAGGCGUGGUGGAACUGGUAGCGGGUUUUAUUAUGAAGGUGAUGUUGAUGCUGAGGAGAUAUUUAGGAACUUCUUUUUUGGAGGGAAUCCGAGGGCGACUACUCAGUUUACUGGUUUUAGUUUCGGACCGGGAAUGGGUGCAGGGGUGCAGGGUGGUAACGGGUCAGCAGGGGGAAUGAGGACUUUGAUUCAAGUGUUGCCGGUGCUUUUGAUUAUUUUGUUGAACUUUUUGCCAUCUAAUGAGCCAAUUUAUACCCUUUCGAGGACUUAUGGUUAUGAUCAUGUUUUUACUACACAAAAAGGUAUUAAUUACUAUGUGAAAUCACGUAACUUUGAGCAGGAUUAUCCGCUGAAUAGUAAAGAAAGGCAACAGCUUGAAGCAAGUGUAGAGCAUGAUUACGUUUCUAUACUUUCUCACAAUUGUCGGAUUGAGAUACAACAGAAUCAGUGGGGGUAUUAUAAGAAGGAAACGCCAAACUGUGACAGGCUGAGGCAGUUUGAGGCUCUUGCUUAACACUUUGAUUGAUGUUUCAGAUCCUUUAUUUUCAUAUAAUUCAAAAAGUUGCUUGUUAUUUUUUUUAUUAUUUUUUUUAACGAUAUGGAGUAUUAGUUAAGUUGAUGCAUAUAGACAAUAAGAAUUGAUGGUGCUACUAAAUCAUGAUUUGUGUUGGUAUAUGGAUUCGAUAUUGUGAAAAUCGCACGGUUUCGCCA